AUGAAUCCAUGCUUCACGGUCGAUUGCAAAGAGGCGCUCGAGGCGCUGAAAGAGCGAAAAUUCCAUCGACCGAACAAAUCGACGGUUAUGUUCCCAAAUCUGGAUCUCGUUGAAAAAGAUUUGGACACUCGACUUUCCAACAUCACUCAUGGAAUCGGGGUGGCACUUCGGGAAAACGAUCCACUUGCCAUCGAUUACUAUUGCAAUUCGAUUAUUGGGUACAUCAAUCGUUUGUCGUUUCGCCUCCCCCGGCAGACGCUGAUCGAUUUGAUUCCACUCUUGAUCCAAGCCGCUACUUUGCCCAAUCAGAAAGGCGAUUUGGUGCAUACGAUUUUUGAAGCACUAAAUGUGCUUUUGGUUAAAUCUCGGUUGACAAGAGCUGAUUUGACGAUUCCAUUAAAGGCAUUAUUUGAUCUAUUUCAAGGAAUCAUUUAUGGAAAGAACGCCGAGGUUCUGUAUCAGAACGUGUUCGGGACACUGGUGAGGAUGAAGAGAUUCUAUGCGCUUGAAGACGUAAAAGAGUUGUGGAAUACAAGGCUACUAUCCCUGCUUUCCCCAUUGGAACACGGCUUUCACUGGGUCGAUUUGUGCACCACUUUUCUUCCAACUGAUAUGAUGCGAGAAGAACAUGAGCUCUUUGGUUCUGGCUUAUGGUUCUCGACUCUUUGGAAUCUUUACUCAAAAUGCCAAAUGAACGUCGGAUGGAGCAAAUAUUUGCCUGAAUUGUUUUACAAACUCGAACGCGACCAGCCCGGUUUAAUUGAUUGGAGACCGUAUGAAGAAGAGAUUUUCACAAGAAUCUUGCGGGCUUUGCAAAUGAAAGGAGAGUCUUCGACAUACGGCUUGACGACAUCAUUGAAGCAUUGGGCGGCGUGGGUCGCUUAUCGAUUGGGUCGAAACUCUUGCCUUUCUCAACUUCAACGAGUUCUGCGCUAUGCUGAGCCACUUCUGCAUCCCUCUAACGAUGGGCCACACACCGAAGUGAUUCUGCUGUUCUUGAACGAACUCACUCACAAAGUGCUCGCUCGAUAUCGACGAGAGCGAAUCAAAAAGCACACAAAGGAUUUGAGGCCAUCAGAAUUUCAUUUGGAUGAUCUUGAACUGCAUCGUUUUGUCGUAUCGAUUCUCCCCGUUACCCUUUCAGCAGUUUUCUUAGAGAUUGACAGUGAGCAAAACUUACCAUCGGACAUUUUGAAGAAACUUGCAACAUUUGUGCCCUCUUUGGUGCUCCCGAAAAUUCUUGAACUCGUGUAUCCAUCUUUGAAAGCAACUUGCGAACCGCAUCGUUUCAAUCAAUCGUUGCGAUGUCUUGAGGAAGUGAUUCUUCUAUUGUGUCAAGAGAAAUCAGAGGCUCAUUUAAGCAUUGUUUCAAAUGGUUUCGGGAAUGGGGAAGAGGACGGAGUUGGAUCAUUGACUUUCACUGGGGAAUCUAAGGAAACGAUUUCAGUCAGAUCGCACGUAAUUUUGAUACUGGAUGAACUGGUUGAUGGAAUUGAUAUCAAUGAUCUAGACAAAAUUAUUAUUGUUGUUCAGAUCAUGUCCCACUUUUUUUAUUUAAUACCAAAUGUGGAUGCAUCGAGUCUAGCGGAGAAUGGGGAUUCACUCACCCAUGAAGAAAGCGCACUUUGUCGUUUAACUGCCCGACUUCCAGUCAUUGCUGAAAAGGCUAUUGAAAAAAUCAUUACAAUCAUUACAAUUCUGGCUGCUGUACCGGAAAGGAAUGAGGAGGGAUGUAAUGGAACAGAAUCUGAAGAAUUCGGAAGUGACGAAAAGACUCUCAAAAAAGCAAUCGAGAAAUGCGUGAAUGCUUUGUUUGUAAAUGCUGUCAAAGCAGUUCGCUUGAAAAUGGCACAUCAAAUCCUAUCUUUUGUACAUACAAAUGUGAUCGGGGCCUCAUUGGCGGCAGAUUUAGCUCAAACUCUUGUUCAAUCGGCUGUUUUUUAUGUCCCCGAAGUGGCUGACGAAUUGGUUUCAUUUAUCUGUCAAAAAGUAACCAGUGGACUCAAUGAUUUCACUCAGUCUGGUAAAGCAAAGUGUGAUGCAGCUCUACGAUGGUGGGCCAACUUGUUCCCUUGUCUCGUCGUCACUCCAUGGGUUUCUGAAGAGAAUCGAGAGAAGAUUCUGCUUGUUGUUGAUGAUCUCCUCACACAAACCGAUCCGGCACUUUAUCAGCCAGCCACCUACACAUUGAGUGGUUUCUUGGUCUUCUCUUUACAAAUUCAAGAAUCUGGAUGGAUGGCAGUACACGCGGAGAUUGACAAACCGCUAACAGAAUGGAUUCCUGUUAGGCAUUGGGGAACGCUUCACUCCCAGAAACAGAUGAAGGUGCAUUGGCGAGCGCCCGGCGAAGCGGAGAUCGAUUUUGCGCAACAAAUCAUCAACAAAUAUUUCAAAGGAGUGGUUGAACGGUUGACGAGUGAUGAGUCAGCAAAAAACGAAGCGAUUCAAUUGACAUUGAACGGCGCUGACUUGUGCACGACUUUUGUGAAAACUUUGGAAAUGAUUCUGGCGAGGACAUCGGAGAAUGACGAGGAGCAGACCCGCUUGCUCUUACACAUCGCUCAAUGUGCCACAUUCGCUACUAACUCUUCAGUCGUAUUUGCGGGAAUCCUUUUUGAGCAAAUGGAAACGGUAAACGAUUUGGUGAACCGAGUUCAGUGCUUGGUUCAACGAGAAAAGAGAAUGCCCCUUGCGCUUGCUCAUGCCUCACUGGAACUCGAUUACAUAGUUUACCAGUACUUUCUUCCGAACGGACCAUUCACGUCGGUUCAUCUCCGAGUUUUGCGGAUGCUCGUUCAGUGUUCAUUAAGUGGAUAUCAAGAAGAAGAUGGGGCGUGGAUGAUCGCUUUCCCGGCACACAAAGAAAAAAGAAUGUCUUGGGCUCGGGAUCACAUCACCAUCGAUUCGAAAAAAGUCAUCUUCAGCAAUCAGAAAAAAAUU